AUGGAGCAGUAUAGCCGUGGGGACGAGGGGACCCUUCCAGCUGAGAGGCACCUCCCAUCCUCCGAGCACCAGGGCCUCAGCUGCAGCAACCCCCUCAACCGGGACCUGGGCCCCAACACACGCGACCUGCUCUAUGCCGGCCUGAGCCGCCUGAGCCUGAACCCCAGUCUGCCGGCGCCUGACUUGCCGGGUGAGGUGCUGGAGGACAACCUGGACACCCUGUCCCUACACUCGGGCAAGGACAGCGAUUCCGUGAAACUAGUGGAGGAAUACACAGACCCGGAGUCUCAGACCGCCUUACAAGACCUGGGCCUUGGCCCGCGCAAGGUGCCCAGAGAGGCCGAGGACGGAGGCAGGGCCACGUCCGGGAGCUGCCGGAGAGGAAAGCGCCUGCACAGCUCCCCGCAGAACCCGCUCCUGGACUGCAGCCUGUGCGGGAAGGUGUUCAGCAGCGCCAGUUCUCUGAGCAAGCACUACCUGACGCACAGCCAGGAGAGGAAGCACAUCUGCAAGAUCUGCAGCAAGGCCUUUAAGCGCCAGGACCACCUGACGGGCCACAUGCUCACCCACCAGAAGACCAAGCCCUUCGUGUGCAUGGAGCAGGGCUGCAACAAGAGCUACUGCGACUACCGCUCGCUGCGCCGUCACUACGAGGUCCAGCACGGGCUGUGCAUCCUGAAGGAGGCGCCCCCUGACGAGGACGGGGACGAGCCCGCCAGCCAGCCGGCGCCGGGCGGCCUGCGCACCCUGGUGUCCCCGGAAGCCAGGUCCCCGGGCUCCCUGCUGCCCAACCGGGACCUCCUGUGCUGCAUCGUGAGCAGCCUCGUGCACCAGAAGAUGCCGCCCGCCGGCCCGGCCGCCCCUGCAGACGCCGAGGCCAGGCCUGCAGCCUGCCCUGGGCCGGCCGCGGUGAGCCCGGAGCUGGAGGCUCCCGAGGAGUCUCAGCCGCCCCGCAAGGAGCCGGCCGGCGCCAGUGGCUUCACGGGCAUUCACCCCAGGGCCAGGGAGAGCAGGGUGCCCGAGGCCCCCGAGGCUGAGCCGCCCGUCCUCCAGCUCCCAGCCACCCUGGACAGCUGGCCCGACGGAGGGCCCCUGCCUGCCUGCCUGCCCCUGUUCCGAGGCCAGCCCGUGUCCACCAGCUCGCAGCCGGCCAGCACCAACUUCCAGUGGCUCCGGAACCUCCACGGUGGCCCCAAGAGCAAAGGCAACAACGUGUUCAUGGUGCACAAGCCCCCCGUGGCCGCAGCCCGGGAGGGCCCCGAGCCAGAGGUCUUUGGUGUCUUGGCCUCCGGCCAGGAGGACCCCCAGAGUGACACCCGAGGGGCCAGCAUGGAAGAGGACACAUGGAGCUCCAAGAAGAGCAGGCUUGAGGGGGACUCGUCAUCCUAUCAGAGCCCCGGGGAGCCCUGCCCGCAGGACACCCCGAAGGCCAGCGGGCUGCCGGCCGAGGCCACGCCGCUCAUCCGGCAGCUCUUCCUGAAGUCGCAGGAGUCCCUGGUGGGCCACGAGCAGAUGCAGGUGUUCCAGAUGAUUAGCAAGUCUCAACGCUUCAUCUCCCACGCCCAGGUGGCCGCCGCUGCCCAGCUGCCCGGGCCCGAGGCCAAGCCUACCACCCGCAAGCCACCGGCCGCGGCCUGGGCCCAGCAGCCCCCCACGCCGGCCCCCGCUGGGGACUUGGAGCCAGAGGGGUCCCCGGCCCGCAGGAGGAAGUCCACGCCCGCCUUCCCCGGGGAGCCUUCCCCCGGCAGCCUCCGGCGAGACAGUAGAGGACCCAAGGUGGCCACCGCUCCUUCGGCCCUCCCAGCCACCGCUAUGGACGCUUCUGCCAAGCCAGACAUCUCUGUGUCCAAGCAGCUACGAUCUGCAAAAGGGACUUUGGACCUGGGGGACAUCUUCUCCCCGGCAUGCCCACGGCAGAGCCAGCUGGGGGGCGACGAGGUGCCCGGCACCCAGCUCCCAGGGAAGCCAGCCCCGGCCGAGAACGGCACCACGUCGGGGGCCACCAAAGGCGACAAGGGCCCUGCCUGCUCGCGGGGUGCCAGCUACCAUCUCUUCUCAGGCAACCCCAGGGGCCAGCGCUUCUCCGGCUACCGGAAGGAGAAGGUGAAGGCCGAUGUGUGCUGCGCGGCGUCCCCGAGCCAGGUCGCCAUGGCCUCUUUCUCGUCGGCUGGGCCUCCGGCUGAGCCCCCGCAGGACACCAAGUCCAAGCUGACCAUCUUCAACAGAAUCCAGGGUGGAAAUAUCUACAGGCUCCCUAAUCCCAUGAAGGAUGAGAACGUAGUGGGCAGAUGUAGCCAGCAGAACGGGGGCUCCUCUGAGUGGACAGAGUCACGGAACACGUACGUCUGCAAGAACUGCAGCCAGAUGUUUUAUACGGAGAAGGGCCUGAACAGCCACAUGUGCUUCCACAGCGACCAGUGGCCGUCGCCGCGCGGGAGGCAGGAGCAGCAGGCGUUUGGCUCAGACGUUUGCAAGGCAGCAAGGGAGGUGCCAAAGCCAGACGGGGAUGGGCAGAGCUCCCCAGGAGCCAGCAAGCCAGUGGACAGCGGAACAGCAACCCCUCUGGUGAUCCCCAUGUCGGUGCCGGUGGCUUCUGGGACCAGGCUCCCAGGCAGCUCAGCCAAGGGACAAGAGAAGGACGGGGCCGAGCGAGACGGUGAGGAGAGCAGCCAGCACAGGAAACGCAGGAAGCGCCCCAAGCCAGUGCUUGUCCCUCCGCUGCCCUCCGCCUCUGGGGACCUGGGCCCCCAAGGGUAUCACCAGAGCUGCCUGCGGUCCCCCGUGUUCCUGGUGGACCAGCUCCUGAAGGGCCUCUUGUUCCAGUGCUCGCCCUACACGCCGCCCCCCAUGCUCAGCCCCAUCCGCGAGGGGUCGGGGCUGUACUUCAACACCCUCUCUUCCACGGCCACGCAGCCCAGGCCCGGCCCCGACAGUCUCUUCAGCACUGUGCUCAGUCCAGUCGACGGCUCGUUUGGCAUCUGUGUGUUGAAGGAUGACUCCAAGAUCAGCAUUGAACCACACAUCAACAUUGGAAGCCGCUUUCAGGCCGAGAUCCCGGAGCUCCAGGAGAGGUCUCUGGUCGAUGGCGACGAACACAUGGCCGCUCUGGUCUGGAAGCCGUGGGGAGAUGUGACCACCAACCAGGAAACGCAGGACCGAGUGACGGAGCUUUGCAACGUGGCCUGCUCCAGCGUGAUGCCAGGCGGGGGCACGAACGUGGAGCUGGCGCUGCACUGCCUGCACGAAGCCCAGGGCGACGUCCAGACUGCCCUGGAGAUGCUGCUGCUCAGAGGACCCCAGAAGUCACCGCCUCACCCGCUGGCUGACUAUCGUUACACAGGUUCGGACGUCUGGAGCCCUAUGGAGAAGAGACUCUUUAAGAAGGCCUUCUGUGCCCACAAGAAGGACUUCUACCUGAUUCACAAGACGAUCCAGACAAAGACGGUGGCCCAAUGCGUGGAAUAUUACUACAUCUGGAAGAAAAUGAUCAAGUUUGACUGUGGCCGAGCCCUGGGGCUAGAGAAGAGGUUCAGACGGGAGCCUGAAGAGGCAGAAAGGACAGAGGACAAGGUCACCUGCAGCCCUCAGGAGAGUUCCAGCCACCGUGCUACGCCCGAAUUAAAGAUAAAGACCAAGAGUUACCGGCGGGAGUCCAUCCUCCACUCCAGCCCCAGCACAGGCCCCAAGAGGACCCCAGAGCCACCAGGGAGCGUGGAGAGCCAGGGCAUCUUCCCCUGCAGGGAGUGUGAAAGGGUCUUCGACAAGAUCAAGAGCCGGAAUGCCCACAUGAAGCGGCACCGGCUCCAGGACCACGUGGAGCCCAUGGCCAGGGUCAAAUGGCCUGUGAAGCCCUUCCAGCUGAAGGAGGAUGAAGAGGAGGAGGAGGAGAUAGGGGCGGACAUUGGCCCCCUGCAGUGGUGA